AUGGAGGAGAUUGUACUUGUUCAUCAUCCUGGCCUGGCCUCCUCAUCCCGAUCUGAAUUAUGGACAAAUGAAUGCAGCAGGCAGAAAGCUGUUUUGCAUCACACGUUCAGCGUUCCGGCCUCCUCUAAAAGAAAAGCUGUCUCAUGCGGCGUGUGCCAGCUGAGGUUUAACUCGCAGAGCCAGGCAUUGGCCCACUACAAAGGCACCAAACAUGCCAAGAAGCUGAAAUCCUUGGACGCUCCGAAAUGCCUCAAACACAAGAGUUCCCUGGUCACCAAGGAAAAUACCAACAAGGAGCCGCCUAAGGGCCUCUCUCCCUCCACAGCAGCCAGCAACACUGACAGAAAGGGUGGGAGUCAUGGAGCGCCUGUGGCCCCUUCAUCACCCUCUUCUGCCCCAGUGUCUGGCCCCGGCGUGGAGCCCACAGAGCCAGAGUCUACCUCAGUAUCAGGAGGAGAGGACGGCCGCUCCAUCACGCCCAACCCGCCUGAACCAGAAGAGAAUGACCCCGCAGUCAGUCCAGAGACGGAGGAUGAGAAAGCGCUGCGUCUGCUCUACUGCUCCCUCUGUAAGGUGGCCGUCAACUCUGCUUCACAGCUAGACGCGCAUAAUAUCGGCACCAAACACAAAACCAUGCUGGAGGCUCGGAGUGGGAUCGGCUCCAUCAAAUCCUUCCCCAGGCCCGGACUGAAGGGCAAGCUGACUGCACCCACUAAAGCAGACACGAGCCUGCAGAACAAGACAUUCCACUGUGAAACCUGCGACGUGCACGUCAAUUCAGAGACGCAGCUCAAGCAGCAUAUCAGCAGCAGACGCCAUAAAGACAGAGCUGCAGGGAAACCAGCCAAACCCAAGUACAGUCCUUACACCAAAACCCAAAGAGGAGCCACCAAACAGACAGUGAAGAUGCCAGUAGGUAAAGACCUGUGUCCACUGCUGACAACCAGGAUAAUGCCGUCCCACCUGGCAGCUGUCGCCGCUGCGGCCGCUGCCGUUAGCUCCGCCUUCCCAUUGCGUGCCUGCCAUAACCCCGCCCUCUUUCAGACUCAGUCCCUCCCCGCUGUGCUGCUCCGCCCUGCACCAGGGCCAAUCAGGACUGCUCACACACCUGUACUGUUUGCCCCCUAUUGAUCUUUAAACUAUGACCUCUGGCGGAUCACCUCACACUGGGCACGCAGCCCGGAUCAAAUGAGCGAUACCAGAGUACAAGAUUGAUUUGUAAAUUUAAGGUGAGUUUGGGAACACAUAGAUGUUAAUAAUGGAGAAAAUGGAAAGUUGUAUUUCUCUGCUGUUUUGCACUUUAAGUCUUUCUGUUGUUGAUUUCUAGAUGACUAGAUCCCUUCCUGUUUCCAGCUGUUGGUGUAACAGGUCAGCAGUGCUUCAUUUGUCUAUGGACCCGUUUCACAUUUCUGUGGUUCUCAGAAGCUGAAUUCAUCAUAAGCUUCUAUAGUCGUGAAUGGAAACUACAACAAAUAUCAUUUUUGAAUUCCCAUUUGCUUCAAUAGAAGAAAAAAAAAAAUCCAGUGCAGCAUUUCUAUGACUACACAAAAGAGGAAGAAAUAUCCAUCAACAUAAUCAUAUAUAAAAAAUUCAUAAAUCAGAUAUCUAUGUAAUCAAUUAUGUUGGUCAUAAGAGAGAAAUUUCGAAUUUGC